CCGCUCCUCCCUCCCUCCGCGCCCUGCGGCUCUUCCUCGCGUCGCUGCUGCAGUGAAACCCACGGAAACGGACGGAAAAAAGGUUACGCUGCUGCUGUGUCAAAACCAGCCUUUUCUUCACAAAACAACAAGACCAAGAGCAGAAUUUUCCUCUUAUUUUUGUGCUGUCAUUUACUGCUGUUCAAUUCCGAGGGGGAAUUCCGUCGUGCAGGCAGCAAAAUGGGAAAUGAGGCAAGUUAUCCCCUGGAAAUGUGCACGCAUUUCGAUGCUGAUGAGAUUAAAAGGCUGGGAAAGAGGUUUAAGAAACUCGACCUAGAUAACUCCGGAUCCCUCAGCGUGGAGGAGUUCAUGUCCUUGCCCGAGUUACAGCAGAAUCCACUGGUGCAGAGAGUCAUCGAGAUAUUCGACACGGACGGCAACGGAGAGGUGGACUUCAAAGAGUUCAUAGAGGGCGUCUCUCAGUUCAGUGUGAAGGGCGAUAAGGAGCAGAAACUGCGCUUCGCUUUUAGGAUCUAUGACAUGGACAAGGACGGCUACAUUUCCAACGGAGAGCUGUUCCAGGUGUUGAAGAUGAUGGUGGGCAACAAUCUGAAGGACACUCAGCUGCAGCAGAUAGUGGACAAGACCAUCGUCAACGCAGACAAGGACGGUGAUGGGAGAAUAUCCUUCGAGGAGUUCUGUGCUGUCGUCGGAGGUCUGGAUAUACACAAGAAGAUGGUGGUGGAUGUGUGAGCGAGUCCAUCUCCAGCAUCUCCUUUCCUCUCUGACGACCUGCUCAAGAUAUCCAGCAAAUGCUCUCUGUGUGUUUCAAUGGAAGUAUUUAAGCCACUUUUGUCAAAUAGAAGCCUGCGUGUAAGUGUUACUGAACUCCAGUCUGCUCGAUAACCUGGUGUAGCACUUUAUGGGCUUAUGGAUACUGAAAGAGCAUCUCGGUUCAAGAGGAAAGAGCAUUGGCUUGUCCAUAUUUAUUUCGGUUUUUAAUGCUUCUUUUUUAAUAUUUAUUUUGUUCUGUCUUUUUUUUCCAAAUAUUAAGUAUGAUAUAAUAAGUAUACGUAGGGUAUGGUGUGCCAAGCAGAACAAUGUUGUUGGCAGUGUUGGCUUUCUUCUGUUACACUUUGUGAUAUACAUUAUUUCUAGCAUUUAAUCAUGUUCAAUAACUGUUUUUGUAUCAAUCAUGAUAUAAUGUUUAUACUGUUGGAAUGUGCAUCUUCAGGUGUUGAGACAGUCCAGUAGUUACCAAGAUAAAAAUGAUUUGG